AUGUACGACCGGGCUCCUCGCGCCUGGCCUGGGCCCAUAGGCUGCACGAGCUGCCACCUGGGCCCGGGAGCCUAUGAGCUGCUGCCCAGGAGCCCCCCGCGCAGAGCAGGCUAUGCUCCAUUUCUUUCUCUGACCAGUCGAGGCUUUGGGAGUACUCAUCAGAAUGCUGAGACUGACAUUCCAGGGCCAGGACACUAUGAUGUUGUCAAAGAACAGAAAAUUAUUAGAGGUGGCCACAGCCCUCAAUACAAAGAUAAACGUUUCAGAGAGUUCCACAGUGAUACUCCAGGUCCUGGAACCUAUUACCAACCUCCUUCAGUGGGUGUGGAAAUCCAAAAUAAGAUGAAGCAGUCAGUUCCUGAUGUUCAGACAGUUGCCAGUCAUCUGAAACUGUUCCGAAAGACAGAUGCUCCCUCUAUCCCAUCCCGAGGGCAAACAUAUGGUUAUGAAGAGAGUGCAGAUGGCACUCUGGUCAAGCAUAACCCUCCUGAGAAAGAUAAUACUUUGGGUCCAGCAUUCUAUCAGUCAGACCCUAAUGACCCUUGUGUUACCGUCAGAUAUAAAGGAGCUCAUUUUGGCAGUUUGACGGAAAAGAGACAUGAAUUUAAGCCACGCGUGGGCCCUGGACCUGGAGACUAUGAUGUAACCCAGGAAAGUGCUGCGAAUUAUGAAAAUGUCAACAUCAAGAAGGAAGGCCUGAAAACGUACGACCUCUGCAUUCCACGGUAUCAUGAAAUAAUGGUAUUACAGGCAGAAAAGAAGGGUGUUCCAGGUCCUGGACAAUACCAUAUAAAAAGUCAGUUUCAAAGGGCAGAGGGCACAUCACAAGGUGGAAAUGAAAUUGUUCCUUUUCUUUCACUUGCUGAGAGAUUUUCACCUGUGAAAUCAUCUACCCCAGCGCCUGGCACAUAUAACGAGACACGUUCUGCUCUUGAGUCCUUGAAGAAAGCAUCUAAAAGUGUCCCAUUUGGUCAUACUUCUGUUCGAUUUACUGAAGACUACAGGCUGAGAAAAACACCAGGUCCUGCAUUCUAUAAUAUCCUCAAUUUCAGCUUAUCGACAGGAAGUCAUAAGAAAGCUUCUUUGGGGAAAAAGAAGAAAGAUGCAUUUGGUUCUUCAGCUCCUAGGCUUCUAUAUUUAGUGAAGAGGGAAGCUUUCACUACUCCUGGACCUGCUGAUUAUCAGUUCAAAGAGGCUGCUGGAGCAUCGCAUAAAAAAGCAAAGCAGUUGUCCAUUUUUGAGUCGACAGCAGAGAGAAUUCCAGUAAUUAGCACGGACGUUCCUCCACCAGGCUCGUAUAAUGUUCAAAGAUCAUUUGCAAAAUCACAAGGCAAACGCGAGUACAUGAUUCCCCGAACUGCGAUGGCUAAAAGAAGGCAUGCUUCAUUUCUCAGUGGAACACCUAGGCAAGAUUUGUCUAAGGCCAAGAUACCAGGACCAGGGGAUUACAAUCCAGUUGUGAAGUCAACUUCCUGUCUUACUUUAUGGGUUUCUCGGGAAGAACGUUUCAAAGAGACAAAGGAUGAUAAUCCUGGUCCUGGAGCUUAUAAGCUGAGUCCACUCUUUAGAGAUACAGUCCUGAAGAGAACGUACAACUCUACGUUGAACAACCCUGUUGGGAUUGAAGUAGAGGACACUUACACUUACAAACCUCCAACAGACAGGGGAGACUCUUUAUAUGUGUCUAAUGAAGUGCUCUCGAAGGAGUGA